AUGGAGGAUGGGCCUGAAACCAAUGUUAGAAACCUGCCAGUGCGACCACUCAGCACUGUGCGGCUGUUUGAGCUGGAGCUCUGCUUACGUGGCGUUCUUGUGACGGGCAGUUUUCACGUGAAGGCCAGGGAGUGCGUGUACGCGGUGGUUGUGGUCCGCAUGCCGCUGAUGUACCAUAAAUCAGUCUAUCUUCUAAACUCUUCUUGUGAGAUCCCCAAUCAAUCUCUGUCUCAUUCCACAGGUCCCUUCACUGAUGUUGUCACCACCAACCUAAAGCUUGGCAACCCGACAGACCGAAAUGUGUGUUUUAAAGUGAAGACCACAGCACCACGUAGGUACUGCGUGAGGCCCAACAGUGGGAUCAUUGGUGCAGGGCUCUCGAUUAAUGUAUCUGUGAUGUUACAGCCUUUCGAUUAUGAUCCCAAUGAGAAAAGUAAACACAAGUUUAUGGUUCAGUCUAUGUUUGCUCCACCUGACACUUCUGAUAUGGAAGCAGUAUGGAAGGAGGCAAAACCGGAAGACCUUAUGGAUUCAAAACUUAGAUGUGUGUUUGAAUUGCCAGCAGAAAAUGAUAAACCACAUGACGUAGAAAUAAAUAAAAUUAUAUCCACAACUGCAUCAAAGACAGAAGCACCAGCGGUGUCUAAAGCUCUGAGUUCUUUGGAUGACACCGCAGUUAAGAAGGUGAUGGAAGAGUGUCAGAGGCUGCAGGGCGAAGUUCAGAGGCUGCGGGAGGAGAACAAGCACUUCAAGGAAGAAGAUGAACUUCGGAUGAGGAAGACUGUGCAGAGCAACAGCCCUGUUCCCGCAUUAGCCACGGCUGAGAAGGAGGAGGGCCUCAGCACCCGGCUACUUGCGCUGGUGGUUUUGUUCUUUAUCGUUGGUGUAAUCAUAGGGAAGAUCACCUUGUAGAGGCAGCAUGCGAAGGAUGGUAAAUGGGAUUGAUGGAUCCGCCAUAAUCAUGGGAUUUAAAUUUAUCGUAACCAUGUGUAAAAAGAAAUUAAUGUAUGACGACAUCUCACAGGUCUUGCCUUUAAAUUAUCCCUCCCUGUGCGUGUACGCACACACACACACAAAUAUAACAUGUAACAAUCUUUUAGAAAGUUAAAAAUGUAUACUAAAUGAUUGGGGGAAAAGAAUGAUCCUUAUUAAUGACAAGGGAAACCAUGAUUAAAU